AUGCCACAUACUCGCGGUCGCUCCACAUCAUCUUUUCUCAAUGACCCUUAUACCAUAGGGAAAGCCCAGACGUCUUCUGGUGAUUUCAAAGAGAAUAUACCCCAGCGAAACAGGACCAAACAUACUGGACGACACUCAGGCCUCGUGCAUUCUCUUUCUCGUUCGGCCCUGGGUGCGACUGACUCGGAGCCGGUUCUUCGUGGACGACGUUCAAACCUUGGGUUCGCAAAAAGCACGCGGCUGAGCCCCUGCCGCCCCCUGGAUGUUCCCUCAGGCCUACGCAAAUCGGUUUCUCGCUCUCGUAGUCCCUUCGCUCCUCAAGAGUACUCUCCGACUCCCAGUCAUGCAUCCAGUCGCCAAUCUAGUGCCUCGAGGACUGGAUCCGCGCUUGUCGAGACUGAACUCUACGAUGCUACGCUUGCCGAAGACUUCGCUUCACUGGAGAUAGAACCUACAUUGUUUGCGCCGUCGACCUUUUCAGCAGAGUUACUUUGUCUUGGCGACAUCUACAUCGCUGCAUUGCUGGAGCCUUCAGUUGACCUCCAGAUACCUCCCUCGAGCACAGUGGUACCAGAUGCUUCUCCUUUGUUCCGGAUGGUUCACUCUCCUGCAUCGGGAUACGGUUUGGUUGCUACCGAAGACAUUGAAGUCGGGACCACGCUUCUGGUUGAACACCCUGUUGUCAUCAUACCACACGAUUUAGAGUCCUUGUCGCAAAUGUCGGAUUCAGUCGCUCCUCUGCUUGCCAAAUUACCCCAAGAAGACCACCAAGAGUUCAUGAAGCUCUCGAACUGCACCCCCUUUGGUUGCGGUAAAGUCGAAGGCAUUAUAAAAACAAACGCUAUACCCAUAGAACUGAAGUCUCAGGGAGACACGGACAGUAACCCAAUCAUGUAUCACGGAGUAUUCAUCAAGGCCAGUCGCUGUAAUCAUAGUUGUUCCCCCAAUGCUAUCUGUAGAUGGGACCUUCAAACCUUCACCCUUCACCUAGAAGCUGUUCGGCCGAUAAAUCUCGGAGAACAAAUUACUGUGCACUAUGUACCUCUCGAACAACCGCGCUCCCAACGGCGUGCGCAGUUACAAGAACUGUACCAUUUUACUUGCCAGUGUGAUCAUUGUAACGUCCCUGACAAAUUAGCGUUGGCUGGCGAUGAUAUACGGCAACAACUACUUGAAUUCAAGGGACGAUUCCCCUCCUUCGAAGAAUGGUGCUUUGAUCUGGAAUUCCCCGACGAUCUCCUCAUUCGUGCUAAUUCUAGAGGUCUGGAUCUUAUUAAAAAGGAAGGACUGGAAGCCUUGGGCCGCGAAUGGCAUGCUGAUCGUAUCGCCAUGUGUGCUGGUGCUCUCGCAGACGCGGACUUGUUCACAGAGUGGAUCCAACAAGUACGGGAAAUACGCGUCAAAAGGCGUCCAGAGCAAAUCGGGGCGUUCGAUAGAUGGCUGGAAGACCCGACUACGUUUCCUAUCUGGAACUGGAGGAACCAAGUCCGAGACGGUGCCCCACCGCAAUAUGAGGACGGGUCCUUGACAAGAUUCUUUUCGCCCCCUCCAAAUGCUACCUGGCCUCAUCCGUCAUUGAAUACCCAAGAGUCCAAGUCCCAAGGCCGCGACAGUGGCCAUAUCGAUUUACCCGAAGGUUUACUUUGCGCGACCAAUAUACCAUAG